CAGUCGAAACACCACCCCGAUUUGAUCAUGUGCAGGAAGAUGCCCGGAAUAUCCAUCGGACGGUUGUGCGAGAAGUGCGAUGGGAAGUGCGUGAUUUGUGAUUCACACGUGCGCCCGGCGACGCUGGUGCGGGUGUGCGAUGAGUGUAACUACGGGACGAAUCAAGGGCGGUGCGUGAUUUGCGGCGCAGUCGGCGUGAGCGACGCGUACUAUUGCAAGGGGUGCACACUCAUGGAGAAGGAUAGGGAUGGAUGCCCGAAGAUUAUCAAUCUCGGGGCGGCGCGUACGGACUUGUUUUACGAGCGGAAGAAGUACGGGUUUAAACCGCGCGAUGGGUGA